AGCAGAAGCCUAGCAGAAGUCUUUCUCGCUUGUCAGUGCAUCCUUGGUGAUGAUUUCUCGAGCACUGAUCUUUGGACGGCAGGAUAUUCACGUGGCUGUCUUGCUUUCCUUGAGCUUGGAGGUUCCAAAAUAAAAUGUUAACCAACGUGUGCGAUGCUACUGUGAGAUGGAAGGGGUUUCUUCACUUGUCCAGCCCUAGCCUCAAACUUUUCCGAGCGUUGUCAACGAGUCGGACUGGCUCCACUAGUCACGAAAUCUUGCGUUGUUACCACAUUUUAAAAGUUCCAGAAGACAGCAACAUAGAGGAUAUUCGAAUUGCUUUCUUAGACCUUGCAAAAAGAUACCACCCUGAUAGUGGAUCUCCUGACGCUGACGCCGAAAAAUUUCAAGAGGUUGAGUCUGCUUAUCGCAUUCUUCAAGCAAAGUAUGCAGAUGAUCAAAAGACAGAAAAAUCCAUGAGAGACCAGCAAGUGAAACCUGAAGUUCAAGAAUUUGACAUCCAGCACACAGCUCCUCAACAUAGACAGUAUCUUAGCUAUGGUGGAUUUGGUUCUGGAACUCCAUCACAACGUCAGAAACAGUACCAAAAACAGCGAGCCAUGACCGCAGCAGAUAAUGUGAUGUCUCAUAGAGUUCGCAGUUUGAAUCUGAAUUGCAGUCACAACAGAGAGGAAGCUCUUGCUGUAAAGGACAAAGUAGAAGCCCGUAAAAUAAAAACAAGGUAUGGAAUGGAUCGUUUAGUUGAAGAUUUGAUUCAGGAGUCAAUGGCUAAGGGAGAUUUUGAUAAUCUUUCGGGUAAAGGGAAACCACUGAAGCAGGAAGUAGCAAAUCCAUAUGUGGACUUUACAACACACAAAUUGAAUGAGGUGUUAAUUGAUAAUGGCUUUACCCCUGAAUGGAUUCUAUUGCAAAAAGAAAUCAGAGAGGAACGUGACCAUAUACGCCAGUGUUUAGCAGGGAAAAGGAGGUCGUUGGGGCCAUUGCCUCUUUCCUGCAGUGAUGAACAUGACUGGGAACUUGCCAUAGAGAGCUGUAGACCUCUGGUGGAGCAAAUAAAUUUGAAGAUUAAUAAAUACAAUCUCCUAGUUCCCAUAUUACAGAAGCAAAUGCUACAGGUUCAGCUUGAAAGAGAAGCCAGUAAAAUCUUAGAAGAAGUAAAAGGAGAAAAUUUAAAGACUCUAGAACUGAAAAGUAACUUUGAGAAAGACAGAGAGCAACGUUUUCAGUGGUUUGGUUUUCUCCAUGAAAUUUUUGGAAAAUAAAUAUGUGAUUAGUCAUAUUUACAGCAUAGAACCUGUGAUAAUAGUGAUACUAUAAUGAUGAUGUGUGGCAUUGUUUGCAAAACUUUACUGCUGUGGUCAUGAAUUCGAAUAAAAAAUGAAAGCAGUUA